AUGGUUUCGUGUCCUAUCUGCGGGAACUCUGUCCCCUCCGUGAAAAUCAACGACCACAUUGAUUCCGAUUGUACCAGUUUCAUCGAGGAGCCGACUUCCAGCACGGGGGAUUUGCCUUCUCAAAAGGCUCAGGUUCCAAGCAUUUUCCAGCCGGUUUCUACUCGGAAAGCUCCAUCUCAGCCCACUCCGCAGAAAGACGCGCAUUCAGACUCGUCGCCUUUACAAAAUGUGACCCGCAAGAGAGCAAUGCCACCAACAGGGGGCCGUCUUCCCGAGGCCAAUAAUGCGACGAACACUGAUCUGUGUCAAACGGAGCCACAUGCGAAGAAGUCGAAGAUGAGUGCAUUUCAAAAAGCGGCGCCCUUGGCAGAACGGAUGCGCCCCCGUACUCUAGAUGAGGUGUGCGGCCAGGACCUCGUCGGCCGACAUGGCGUGCUUCGCGGAUUGAUCGAACAGGACCGGGUUCCCAGCAUGGUCUUAUGGGGCGGUCCCGGGACUGGUAAAACAACAAUUGCAAGGGUUAUUGCUUCGAUGGUGGGAAGCCGGUUUGUAGAAAUCAACAGCACCAGUUCGGGGGUUGCGGAAUGCAAGAAGAUAUUCUCCGAGGCCAGAAGUGAACUUGGCCUUACUGGAAGGAAGACCAUCAUCUUCUGCGAUGAGAUCCACCGUUUUUCGAAGUCGCAGCAGGAUGUCUUCCUGGGACCUGUAGAGAGUGGGCAUGUCACCCUUAUCGGCGCCACGACGGAAAAUCCGUCCUUUAAGGUCCAGAACGCAUUACUCUCUCGGUGUAGGACGUUUACGUUGUCCAAGCUGACCGAUGAGGACAUCGCAUCGAUUCUCUACCGCGCCUUGAAAGUGGAAGGUCCGAAUUACUCCCCCUCGACUCUUGUGGAUGAUGAUUUAAUCCAAUAUUUGGCUAAAUUUUCCGACGGUGACGCCCGUACUUCCCUGAACCUCCUAGAGCUGGCCAUGGACUUAUCCAAGAGGCCGGGGAUAACCCAAGAGGAGCUGAAACGGUCUUUAACGAAAACCCUUGUGUAUGAUCGUGCGGGUGAUCAGCACUACGAUACUAUAUCUGCUUUCCACAAGUCGAUCCGGGGCAGCGAUGCCGACGCGGCCCUGUACUACCUCGCACGCAUGAUUCAAUCCGGGGAAGAUCCAUUAUACAUUGCUCGGCGUCUCAUCGUGGUAGCAUCGGAGGAUAUUGGCUUGGCGGAUAAUAGUAUGUUGACUCUGGCCAUCUCCACGCACUCGGCCGUUGAGAAGAUUGGGCUUCCCGAAGCACGGAUCAACCUUGCACACGCCACGGUGGCUAUGGCACUGUCCAAUAAAAGCACGCGAUCGUACAGAGGGCUUAACAACGCCUUCGCUGCGCUUGCAGAGCCGGGGGUUGCCGGAUUGCCAAUCCCGAUCCAUCUACGGAAUGCCCCUACUCGACUAAUGAAAGAGCUUGGGUAUGGUGAGGAGUACAAGUACAAUCCGAACUAUCGAAAUGGCCAGGUGGCUCAAGAGUAUCUUCCAGAGGAAUUGCGAGACCAAAAAUUCUUGGAGGAUCUAGAUCUAGGCUGUCAGAUUGACCCCGAUCUCCAGACCUGA